AUGGCGUUUUACGUGGACGAAGAAGAGGUCUGGAAAUGUCCAAAGCAUCCAUCGAAACGUCGCCGUAGUGGAGUCUGUCCGUUUUGCCUCCGAGACAAGCUCGCUUCUCUCUGUCCCGACUGCGCCCACUACCGUCCUUGCGCGUGUAGUGCCACCUCUUCCUCUUCUUCUUUCUAUCGUUUCUUGACUCCUGCUGCCGAGGAUACCUCCGGUAUCGGAAGUUUCGGACGCGGUUCUAAUCUUACCGGAAGAGAACCUACGUUCCGACGAUCGAGGUCCCUAGCGGUUCGUUUCCUCUUAUCGAAACCUGAGCGUUUAAGCGAAAAGAACGAGUCGGCGAGUGGUAAGUGCAAGACGCCGUCAUUUUGGUCGAUGUUUAAAGCCAGCAAUAAGAGCAAGCGAUACGAGAGUGAAGAUCGUCGAAGAGAAGAAGAUAAAGCGAGAAUAGCAGAGGAAGAACGGAUGAGGAUGAUGAGGAAGUCGAGGUCUGUUUUGGUGACGUCACAUUCCGGUAUCGGAAUAUCGAAAUUAUCGCCGUCUACGAAAGCAAAGAGCUGGUAUUUCCGGAGUCCGAUGAAGGUCUUCAGGCAAACAAGGGGAUUGGUUUUCCAAGAACGCUCUCCUUUGUAUCGAGGGUGA